CAUGUCGGCCUUGCGGCUCUUGGUGCUCCUCGCCGCUCUCUGCCCGCCGGUGCCGGGCCUCGGGGGGCAGCGCGGUGCCCCCGGCAAGAUCGCCGUGGUCGGCGGCGGGAUCGGAGGCGCGGCCGCCGCGUACUUCUUGCGGCAGAAGUUCGGGAGGAGCGUGCGGGUGGAGGUGCUGGAGAGGGCGGCGGUCGGGGGCCGCUUGGCCACGCUGGAGGUGGAAGGCGCCGGCUAUGAGGCGGGCGGGUCCGUCCUGCACCCGCUCAACCUGCACAUGAAGCACUUCGUGAAGGAGCUGGGCCUCUCGGUUGCCCCAGGACACGGCAGCCUCGCAGGGGUUUAUAACGGGGAGGAGUUUGUGUUCGAGGAGAGCAACUGGUACUUCAUCAACCUCUUCAAGCUGCUCUGGCACUACGGGCUCAACCCCCUACGGAUGUACAUGUGGGUGGAGGACAUCCUGGACAAGUUCAUGCGGAUCUAUCGCUACCAGAUGCAUGACUAUGCCUUCAGCAGCAACGAGCACCUGCUUCAUGCCCUGGGAGGGAAUGACUUCAUCCAGAUGCUGAACCAAACCAUUGACGAAGCCAUGCAGAAAGCUGGCUUCUCCCACAAAUUCAUAAAUGAGGUGGUUUGUCCAGCCAUGAGAGUCAAUUAUGGGCAAGGUGUCAACAUCAAUGGCUUUGUAGGUGCUGUCUCUCUGGCAGGGGUGGAAUCGGGCCUUUGGUCAGUAAAAGGUGGGAACAAACUUGUCUGCACUGGCCUUCUCUACGCCUCCAAAGCUGAAGUUAUCUCUGGUACAGUGUUAUCUAUAGAGCCAAAAGUCAGACCCAGGCCCACAGGGGACCCCAUAAAGCUCUACCAGGUGACGUACAACACUACAUCGGGACUGACAGGGGACACGUAUGACAUCGUUGUCAUUGCUGCUCCGCUCAGCCCCAAAAUGGCCAACAUCACCUUCAAGAACUUCGACCCUCCUGUCCCCGAGUUCCCAAACCUUUACCACAAGACUGUGGUAACGUUCGUGCACGGACGGUUGAACGCCUCUUUCUUUGGUUACCGCGAUCCAGAGGCUUUUAGUUUCGGUGCCAUCUUCACUAUGGAGAACCCCAAACUGUUCUUCAGUAGCCUGGGGGUGGUGUCUCCCGUGGAGGAUGGAGGUGGUGAAGGGAAGCCGGCCUUGCAGUCGGCCGUCUGGAAGGUGUUCUCCAAGGAGGUGCUCACCAAAGAGCAGCUUAACCUGCUCUUCUCCUCCUAUGACUCUGUCAAGGUGAAGACGUGGUUGGCCUACCCCCACUACAGCCCCCCUGAGGGGUGUCCUCCUGUCAUCCUCCAUGACAACAUCUACUACCUGAACGGCAUCGAGCGGGCAGCCAGCGCCAUGGAGAUGAGCGCCAUCGCUGCCAAAAACGCCGCCCUGCUGGCUUACCACCGGUGGUACGGCAACACCGACAGGAUCGACCAGGAGGGUUUGCACGAGAAGCUGAAAACGGAGCUUUGAGCCACGCAGAGCCAAUGGCUGGAAGCAUCUGAAGAUAAGGAUCGUGUCCUGUAGCUGUUUAACCACAGUUAGAGCUAAGGAACGAUUAACUCUUCGCUUAGCCCCUCAGAGGGGAUGUGCAGCCAGCUCAAGAUGGACUAGGAUGACAGAGGAAGCUUUCCCAUGUGAACUGGCCCUUCCCCAAGCAAAUUCCUGUGGUCCUUCGCUGGGAAAACUGCUCCAUCUAUCCCCGUGUGAGAUUAAAGUAGUUUUAAAUGCAAUAUUGACCCCAAAACACCCUCCAUGGUAAGAAGUCCACUCAGGAUCUGCAUCACUGUGAUUACUGCGAUUAAGGCACAUCGCCUUCCCUCUCCCAAGUAUUUCAGGGAGGGAAUGUCAACUUCUUGACUGUAAAUCUCUCCACCUCAGUUAUCUGAGAAGGGUUUGUCAAGUUAUUCCUAUUAGUGUGGUGGAAAUCGAGGCUGUGUUUUUAAUUUGCUUCCAGAACAAGUACUGGAGCUUAUGGGCUGGGGGGACUGGUCUGCUAGGAGGACAUGAGUUGCCAAAAUCGGUUGUAAGCAGUCAAAGCCGCCCCUGUCAUUUGCUUUAUUAAGGUUUAAAAGCAUUAAUAAUUUAGAGGAGAAGAGUCUGUGUCCCAUAACUGCCUCUAAUAACGCUGCCAUACCUCAGCUGUGUCUGAAUAUUGCCCUUACAAAUGGCAUCCUUAGUGGUGCUGGAGAAAGUACUUGACACCUUGUAUUAAACUUGAACUGAAUUAAAACCACAGUGGUGAAAAAGA